AUGACAAAUAAUCGAAUAAUUCAAAUUUGGUGCUGGUGGUUACUAGCACUUGUUCAAAGUAUUUAUUCAAAUGUUUCACAAGCUCAAUUUAUGUCUUUCUGUAAUCAACCGCUCAAUCUGUCAUCGUCAUCAUUAUUAAUCAUAUAUAGACCUGUAGUGUAUUCAACAUGCUGUAAUAUAACAUUAAUUAAAUCACCAUCAUUGUCAGAUUCAUCUGAACAUAUAACAAUAAAUAUUCUUAACAUGUCCCAAAUGCAUCCAUCAUUAAAAGUUUAUAAUAAACAAACAGAACUGAUAAAUUUUUAUAAUUAUUUAUCAUCGAAUCGAACUUAUCUUAAAUCAGAUAUACUAAAUUUACCAAUUAUUGUUAGUUUAUGUUCUUUUGAUAUUCAACCAUUUGAGAUAUUAAUAACAAAUAUAUCAAAAGGCCCAUGUAAAACAAAUCAAUAUCGUUGUUUAACAACAAAACAAGAUCAAUGGUGUAUCGAUGAAACUUAUCAUUGUGAUGGUUAUCAUUCAUGUCCACAAGGCAUGGAUGAAUAUGGAUGUGCAAAAUCAAACUUAAGGCCAACACCUCAAAAGAUAAAACGAACUAUUCGUGGUGGUAUUGUAACCACAAUAAUUAUAUUCGGAUUAUUACUUAUUAUUAGUUCAGUUAGUAUUGCAGUUGCCUUUGUUUAUUUUCGACGAAAACGUCAAAGACGAAGACAAUUUACUUAUUCGCUUGAAUCGACUAGUGAAGAUUGGGAAUCAUCGAGUGCAGGUUAUCGUUUAUUUGAUAAUUGGACUAAUAAUCGUCGUCAAACUGACAAUAAUAUUGAUACUGUUAUUAUUGAUGCUAAUGAACAUAUGCCUAUAGCAACAAAUAUGACAAUUCGGUGA